GAGCUCGUUUUUUUUUCCGAGUUCCCAGUUGAUGUGAACACGGCAUCCAUCCUUGAGGAAUUUCUGCUGCGGGUCUGUCAUUCGCAAUCUCCCCCUUUGAUCUCACCACGCCCGCGAGUUCUUUUCACUUCGCUCAGACUACCCUUUUAGCUCUACCUUCUAUCCGGUCACCGCGUGAAGCUCUCCCUGCAAAUAGAGAGAGACACUGUUAUGAGAAGAAAAACAGCAAAAUAGUCCCCUGUAUUCUUUCCUAUCAAGGUAUGUAGCCUAUGUAUAUAUUCUGUACGUUUUGUUUAUCCCAUAUGUAACUCUGUGUUGUUUUUAUCGCAUUGCUUUGCUUUAUCUUGGCCAGGUCGCAGUUGUAAAAGAGAACUUGUUCUCAACUGGCUUACCUGGUUAAAUAAAGGUUAAAUAAAUAAAAUAAAAUAAAUGCACAAUAAGAAGUGUGUGUGAUGGCCAUGUUCACAGCUCAAAAUGAAAUGUUCCAUUGCGGCUUUUAGUUUAUUCAGCCUGUUUUCUUUACUACAUUGACGAUUGACACUCUUUGUAUGAUUUACUUCCCUUGCCUUGUUCAGUGAUGUUUGUUUGGAAUUUGCUUUGGAGAGUCUUGUUCUUUUUAUUGUAUUGUGAUCCAUGGCGUCUGGUCGCUUGCGUGCGAGCCUCCCUGUCUCGUGCAAGGAGAGGGGUGGGUUGUGAGUAUGUGCAUAAUGUUUUGUGUCGGACUCGCUUUUCCUGUUAACACAGUGAUCCGCACUAUCGGCGUUAAAGGCCCAGUGCGGUCAAGAACGUGAUUUUUCUGUGUUUUAUGUAUAUUUGAAGAGUUUAAUUCCAAAACGCUAUAUAUCCAUGUUCAGAAAUGUUGGUAAAUUAGCUUUUAUUGUUGAAAGAAAUUAUGAAAUGUUUUUUCACUAUCUAAUCAUGGCAUGGGGGUUGUUCAAUGACAUACAUGUAUUUGUUUAAAAUCUAUCACUUGAUGGUUUCAUUUCAGAGACAAAUAUACAGUUGAAGUUGGAAGUUUACAUACGCUUAGGUCGGAAUCAUUAAAACUCGUUUUCAACCACUCCACAAAUUUCUUUUUUAACAAGCUAUAGUUUUGGCAAGUCGGUUAGGACAUCUACUUUGUGCAUGACACAAGUAACUUUUCCAACAAUUGUUUACAGACAGAUUAUUUCACUUAUAAUUCACUGUAUCACAAUUCCAGUGGGUCGGAAGUUUACAUACAAAGUUGACUGUGCCUUUAAACAGCUUGGAAAAUUCCAGAAAAUGAUGUCAUGGUUUUAGAAGCUUCUGAGAGGCUAAUUGACAUCAUUUGAGAGCGACCUACAGUAAGUGCAUGUCACUGUUGAGUGUAGAAGUGGUGUGGAAUCAAGCGCAGGACACACAGAGGCUUCGUACUGACGUCUUUAGUGAAGACAAAAAGAACAAGCCAAACACGGCUACAUACAACCUGGCAGGCAAGCGAACUUUACGCACACCGGUAAAGUACAUACAAAGGCACAAAAGUGCGGAGCUGUCUACUACACCGAACAGAGAGACAAAAACGAACUAGCAUCCCACAGUGACAACGAACAAUUACACACAACACAUGACAAAACUCAAGAGAACUUAUAGGACGCAUAAUUAACACUAACAAGGAACAGGUGUAACAAAACAGACAAAACCAAUCAAACAUCGAAACAUAGAACGGUGGCAGCUAGUACUCCGGAGACGACGACCGCCGAAGCCUGCCCGAACAAGGAGAAGGAGCAGCCUCGGCCGAAACCGUGACAGUACCCCCCCCCCCCCCCCCUUGACGCGCGGCUGCAGCCGUGCGCCGACCCCGGCCUCGAGGACGACCAGGAAGACGCGGAGCAGGGCGCGUGGGAUGACGUGGGAACUCGGUCAGAAGAGACGGGUCUAGGAUGUCCCUCCUCGGCACCCAGCACCGCUCCUCCGGGCCGUACCCCUCCCACUCCACGAGAUAUUGGAGACCCCCCAUCCGGCGUCUCGAAUCUAGGAUGGACCGAACAGUGUACGCCGGAGCCCCCUCGAUGUCCAGCGGGGGCGGAGGAGUCUCUUCUAUCUCAUAGUCCUGGAGUGGACCAGCUACCACCGGCCUGAGGAGAGACACAUGGAACGAGGGGUUAAUAUUCUUGUAAUCAAUUGGCAGUUGUAACCUGUAACACACCUCGUUCAAUCUCCUCAGGACUUUAAAAGGCCCCACAAACCGCCGACCCAGCUUCCGGCAGGGCAGGCGGAGGGGCAGGUUUCUGGUCGAGAGCCAGACUCGAUCUCCAGGUGCGUACACUGGCCCCUCACUGCGGUGGAGAUCGGCGCUCGUCUUAUGUCGACGGAUGGCUCGCUGCAGAUGGAUGUGUGCAGCGUUCCACGUCUCCUCCGAGCGCCGCACCCACUCAUCCACCGCAGGGGCCUCGAUCUGGCUCUGAUGCCAAGGUGCCAGAGCCGGCUGGUACCCUAACACACACUGGAAAGGAGUUAGUUUAGUGGAGUAGCGGAGAGAGUUCUGUGCCAUCUCGGCCCAGGGAACAUACCUCGCCCACUCCUCCGGCCGGCCCUGGCAAUACGACCUCAGAAACCUACCCACAUCCUGGUUGACACGUGCGACCUGCCCAUUACUCUCCGGGUGGUAACCCGAGGUAAGGCUCACCGAAACCCCCAAACGCUCCAUAAACGCUCUCCAGACUCUGGAGGUAAACUGGGGGCCUCGAUCAGACACUAUAUCCUCGGGUACCCCGUAAUGCCGGAAGAUGUGGGUGAAUAGAGCCUCAGCACCCCGAAUAAAUGAGUCGAUCCCGGACCUCGAGCGGGACGUACGUCCGACCCACCGGACACUGUGGAGGGCUAGGGUCGGUGCGUAACGCCCGCUCGAUCUCCGUAUCGACCUCCCACACCACCGGUGCCACCAGACAAGACUCAGGUAGUAUGGGAGUGGGCUCAACGGACCUCUCCUCUGUGUCAUACCGCCGAGACAGGGCGUCUGCCUUCCCGUUCUGGGACCCAGGGAUGUAAGUGAUCUUGAACACGAACCGGGCUAGAAACAUAGUCCACCGAGCCUGGCGAGGAUUUAGUCUCCUAGCUGCCCGAAUGUAUUCCAGGUUACGGUGGUCAGUCAAAAUGAGAAAAGGGUGUUGAGCCCCCUCAAGCCAAUGCCUCCACACCUUUAGGGCCUGUACCACGGCUAACAGCUCCCUGUCCCCUACGUCAUAAUUUCGCUCCGCCGGACGGAGCUUUUUCGAGUAAAAAGCACAGGGGCGGAGUUUAGGUGGUGUGCCGGAUCGUUGCGAGAGAACGGCCCCGAUACCGGCUUCUGACGCGUCCACCUCCACUUGGAAUGGUAAAGCGGGAUCCGGAUGCGCCAGCACCGGAGCCGAAGUAAACAGGUCCUUCAGUCUCCCAAAAGCCCUGUUCGCCUCAGCUGACCACCGCAAGCGCACCGGACCCCCCUUCAGAAGGGACGUUAUGGGAGCUGCCACCUGUCCAAAACCCCGGAUAAACCUCCGGUAGUAAUUCGCAAAGCCCAAGAACUGCUGCACCUCUUUCACUGUGGUUGGGGUUUGCCAAUUACGCACGGCUGACACACGGUCAACCUCCAUCUUCACCCCUGACGCGGACAACUGAUAACCCAAAAAGGAGACCGACUCCUGGAAGAACAGACAUUUCUCUGCCUUGACAUACAGGUCAUGCUCCAACAGCCUCCUCAACACUCGGCGCACCAGGGCUACAUGCUCGGCUCGGGUAGAACUGUACACUAGAAUAUCGUCUAUGUACACGACCAUUCCCUGCCCCUGCAUGUCCCGGAAGAUCUCAUCCACAAAGGAUUGGAAGACUGAUGGAGCAUUCAUUAACCCGUAUGGCAUGACGAGAUACUCGUAAUGACCCGAGGUAGUACUAAAUGCUGUCUUCCAUUCAUCGCCCUCUCUAAUGCGCACCAAGUUGUAUGCGCUCCUGAGGUCCAAUUUUGUGAAGAACCGUGCCCCGUGUAAUGACUCCGUCAUAGUCGCAAUCAGAGGGAGUGGAUAACUAUAUUUCACAGUAAUCUGAUUGAGACCGUGGUAAUCGAUACACGGGCGCAAAACUCCAUCUUUAUUCUUCACAAAAAAGAAGCUCGAGGACGCAGGGGAAGUGGAGGGCCGUAUGUAUCCCUGUCUCAGAGACUCGGCAAUGUAUGUCUCCAUUGCCCUCUUCUCCUCUUGUGACAAAGGAUACACAUGGCUCCGCGGGAGCGCAGCUCCUGCCUGGAGGUCUAUCGCACAAUCCCCCUGUCUAUGACGUGGCAAUCGCGCCGCCCUCGCCUUGCUAAACACGAGUGCUAAAUCCUCAUACUCCGGGGGAACAUGCAUUGCGGGCAUUUGGUUUGGACUCUCCACCGAGGUCGCCCCUACGGAAACACCCAGACAUAGCCCCACACACUGGGCAGACCACCCCUUAAGAGCCUUCUCUCGCCACAAAAUGGUAGGAUCGUGAGUAAUCAACCAGGGAAGCCCCAGCACCACCGGAUACGCAGGAGAGUCAAUCAGGUAUAGCUGAAUCGUCUCCUCAUGACCCCCCUGCGUCUCCAUCCUAAGUGGCACUGUGACCUCCCUGAUCAACCCGGAUCCUAACGGACGGUUAUCUAGGGCAUGUACAGGGAAGGGAUUAUUAACCGGUAGGAGAGGGAUCCCUAACUCUAUACAACAUUUACGAUCUACAAAAUUCCCAGCUGCGCCUGAAUCUACUAGCGCCUUAUGCUGGGAACGAGGUGCAACCUGUGGAAAACAAACAGGUAUGGUUAUGUGCACGACAGAAAGCUCUGGGUAAGUGGGGCGCCUACUCACCUGGGAGGACUCCCCAAUGUGUGGCCUGCUGUCUCGUCCUCCAGGAGACCCUCCCCAGCACCUAGCCGCGGUGUGCUUCCACGGCCACAGUUGGUGCAGGGGACGGCCCCCCUCGGGCUCCUUCUCCUCCGUUCUCUAGCGCCAGCACCCCCGAGCUCCAUAGGACUCGGCUCGGAGGUGCUGGAGGGUGGGUGGCGAGCAGGGUGUCUAGCCGAAUGGCCAUGUCAACCAAUUGGUCAAACGAAAGAGUGGUGUCCCUGCACGCCAACUCUCUACGGACGUCCUCCCUGAGGCUGCAGCGGAAGUGAUCUAUGAGGGCCCGCUCAUUCCACCCUGCAUCUGCCGCUAGAGUCCGGAACUCCAGUGCAAACUCUUGAGCGCUCCUCAUCCCCUGCCGGAGGUAGAAUAGACGCUCCCCCGCCGCCUUCCCCUCAGGUGGAUGGUCGAACACUGCCCGGAAGCGGCGGGAGAACUCCGCAUAGGUGAUCGUUGCGGCGUCUAUCCUCCUCCAUUCGGCGUUGGCCCACUCCAACGCCUUGCCGGUGAGACAGGAGAUGAGGGCGGAAACGCUCUCGUGUCCCGAGGGCACCGGGUGUACGGUGGCGAGGUAGAGUUCGAUUUGCAACAGGAAACCCUGACACCCGGUCGCGGUGCCGUCGUACGCCCUCGGGAGCGAGAGCCGAAUCCCACUGGGUUCCGGAAGUUGGACAGGUGGACUGACCGAUGGUGUGGUAGGUGGGGGCGUGGGUACCCCGCUGGCCUCCCAUCGAUGGAGGGUGUUCAUCACCCUAUCCAGAGCGUGCCCGAUCUGGUUGAUCCUGUCCUCCUGUCCACGAAGGCGCUCCUCAAUAAUCUCGGUGGGUGCGGCUGUGUAAUUCUGUCACUGUUGAGUGUAGAAGUGGUGUGGAAUCAAGCGCAGGACACACAGAGGCUUCGUACUGACGUCUUUAGUGAAGACAAAAAGAACAAGCCAAACACGGCUACAUACAACCUGGCAGGCAAGCGAACUUUACGCACACCGGUAAAGUACAUACAAAGGCACAAAAGUGCGGAGCUCUCUACUACACCGAACAGAGAGACAAAAACAAACUAGCAUCCCACAGUGACAACGAACAAUUACACACAACACAUGACAAAACUCAAGAGAACUUAUAGGACGCAUAAUUAACACUAACAAGGAACAGGUGUAACAAAACAGACAAAACCAAUCAAACAUCGAAACAUAGAACGGUGGCAGCUAGUACUCCGGAGACGACGACCGCCGAAGCCUGCCCGAACAAGGAGAAGGAGCAGCCUCGGCCGAAACCGUGACAGUGCAUUGAUCUUAAGAUAGCUAGGUGAGACAACCACAGAUCACAGUCAAAUAUACAGGAUAUGAACAUUCCAUUCCAGCUAAACAAUGAAUAUACAGUGGGGAAAAAAAGUAUUUAGUCAGCCACCAAUUGUGCAAGUUCUCCCACUUAAAAAGAUGAGAGAGGCCUGUCAUUUUCAUCAUAGGUACACGUCAACUAUGACAGACAAAUUGAGAAAAGAAAAUCCAGAAAUCACAUUGUAGGAUUUUUAAUGAAUUUAUUUGAAAAUUAUGGUGGAAAAUAAGUAUUUGGUCACCUACAAACAAGCAAGAUUUCUGGCUCUCACAGACCAGUAACUUCUUCUUUAAGAGGCUCCUCUGUCCUCCACUCGUUACCUGUAUUAAUGGCACCUGUUUGAACUUGUUAUCAGUAUAAAAGACACCUGUCCACAACCUCAAACAGUCACACUCCAAACUCCACUAUGGCCAAGACCAAAGAGCUGUCAAAGGACACCAGAAACAAAAUUGUAGACCUGCACCAGGCUGGGAAGACUGAAUCUGCAAUAGGUAAGCAGCUUGGUUUGAAGAAAUCAACUGUGGGAGCAAUUAUUAGGAAAUGGAAGACAUACAAGACCACUGAUAAUCUCCCUCGAUCUGGGGCUCCACGCAAGAUCUCACCCCGUGGGGUCAAAAUGAUCACAAGAACGGUGAGCAAAAAUCCCAGAACCACACGGGGGGACCUAGUGAAUGACCUGCAGAGAGCUGGGACCAAAGUAACAAAGCCUACCAUCAGUAACACACUACGCCACCAGGGACUCAAAUCCUGCAGUGCUAGACGUGUCCCCCUGCUUAAGCCAGUACAUGUCCAGGCCCGUCUGAAGUUUGCUAGAGUGCAUCCAGAAGAGGAUUGGGAGAAAGUCAUAUGGUCAGAUGAAACCAAAAUAGAACUUUUUGGUAAAAACUCAACUUGUCGUGUUUGGAGGACAAAGAAUGCUGAGUUGCAUCCAAAGAACACCAUACCUACUGUGAAGCAUGGGAGUGAAAACAUCAUCCUUUGGGGCUGUUUUUCUGCAAAGGGACCAGGACGACUGAUCCGUGUAAAGGAAAAAUGAAUGGGGCCAUGUAUCGUGAGAUUUUGAGUGAAAACCUCCUUCCAUCAGCAAGGGCAUUGAAGAUGAAACGUGGCUGGGUCUUUCAGCAUGACAAUGAUCCCAAACACAUCGCCCGGGCAACGAAGGAGUGGCUUCGUAAGAAGCAUUUCAAGGUCCUGGAGUCUCCAGAUCUCAACCCCAUAGAAAAUCUUUGGAGGGAGUUGAAAGUCCGUGUUGCCCAGCGACAGCCCCAAAACAUCACUGCUCUAGAGGAGAUCUGCAUGGAUGAAUGGGCCAAAAUACCAGCAACAGUGUGUGAAAACCUUGUGAAGACUUACAGAAAACGUUUGACCUGUGUCAUUGCCAACAAAGGGUAUAUAAGAAAGUAUUGAGAAACGUUUGAUAUUGACCAAAUACUUAUUUUCCACCAUAAUUUGCAAAUAAAUUCAUUAAAAAUCCUACAAUGUGAUUUUCUGGAUUUUUUUUCCUCAUUUUGUCUGUCAUAGUUGACGUGUACCUAUGAUGAAAAUUACAGGCCUCUCUCAUCUUUUUAAGUGGGAGAACUUGCACAAUUGGUGGCUGACUAAAUACUUUUUUUCCCCACUGUAUAGCGUUUUUUAUACACAUCUAUGAAUUAUUAAUCUGAGAACAAUAAUAUAAUAAACACACAUGUAGGUACCCAAAAUCAAGAAUUUCUGAUGAAAAAACAUAAAUAUGAAAAAUCGGUGGGAUCUAGUAUUUUGGAAAUAAACUCUUAAUUUCCACAUUAGGAGGUUGGAAUAUUACUGUGAAAAUGAUAAUGCCCUUUUUAGUGUAAGAGCUAUUUGAAAAAAUAGUCUGAAAUUUUAGCCUGUUUUGGUGGGAUGGAGUUUUGGCCUGCUUCGUGACAUCACCACACAGCAAAUUAGUUUAUAGACCAAUGAGAGAGAUCUAUUAACUAAUCUUUCCCUCCCUUCCCCGUACUCUCCAAACCUCUCUGCCAAUAACAGCUAGUGUUCAGUUUUCCCCUCCCCACUCAGACCACUCCCAGACAGUCCUAGCAACAUUUCUGCUUGAGAAAUGUCUCUUUGCUAAGAAGCAAUUUAAUGAAAAAAAUGUAACAUUUAAAUUGAAAACAAUAACAGUAAGGUACCUAAUUGUUACCCAGAAAUGAUUUGACAUUGAGAUAAAAACGUGAACCUUUAAAGAAAAUAUCAAAUAGUAGAUUUAUUUCAUUCCUAUAAAUCUGCUUGAUGUGGUUCUGGUUCAUCCUUGUUUGUUCUUUUUAAAAUUUGUUUGCUGAAAUGCCAUCGUCCCACUCCCAAAGGAAAAGCGUCACUCUUCGUAGAUUAUACAGCCCCAUGUGAACUGCCAGUUCUCUGCCUGAGAGAUGCCAAUGAAUAGGCUAUAUGGCUGGCAGAUUUUUUUCGGAAUAAUAAAUUAUAAUAAAUCAUUUAUAAACAUUUUUCAUAUUAUAAAUUGCAUGCUAUGGGCUACAGGCCUGUUGUGGAAUGGUUGAUGUAGCCUACUCAUAGAAAUGAUCAGUGUCAUCAUACCCUCUCUGUAAUCAUUUCAAGUGCCUAUGAUUAAAUUGCUCACCUUCUGUGUGACAAUGAUUAAAAUAAAGUUUCAGAGAUUGUUUUAGAUUAGGCUACACAAAGUUAUAGAACUAUUAUAGCCUAUCACAUUGUGGUCCUCUGUAGCUCAGCUGGUAGAGCACGGCGCUUGUAACGGCAAGGUAGUGGGUUCGAUCCCCGGGGACCACCCAUACACAAAAAUGUAUGCACGCACGACUGUAAGUCGCUUUGGAUAAAAGCGUCUGCUAAAUGGCAUAUUAUUAUUAUUAUUAUUACAUAGCCAGAUUGCCAGAGGAUCACGGAAUGCAAUGCAUCGCAUUCCACACUGUGGCUCCCACACUUCUGAAGCGCGUAAAUUCCAGAGAAUGCGGUUCGCCCGCAUAUGUUUCCACGGUGACUGUGCUGUGUGGGAGAGGAACAUCAAAAUAUACAUUACCAGUCAAAAGGUUGGACACACCUACUCAUUCCAGGGUUGUACAUUGUAGAAUAAUAGUGAAGAGAUCAAAGCUAUGAAAUAACACAUAUGGAAUCAUGUAGUAACCAAAAAAGUGUUAAACAAAUCAAAAUAUAUUUUAUAUUUGAGAUUCUUCAAAUAGCCACCCUUUACCAGCUUCGCACGCUGUUGAGAUUGCAUAGAAUACAUUUUUGUUUUAGUUGUACUGUAUAAAUGAUCAGUGUCAAUGUAAAUUGUUAAUUUAUGACAUUUUUAUUACAUUUGUAUUUAUUUAUUCAACAUUUAAUUACUUUGUUGUUUAUUAUUUGGUGUGUGUCUGUCUUAUACCCCCCAAGCUGUUCAUAAUGCCAUUUAUCAUAUUUUCUGUAUGAGACUAUGUCUAUGCCAAUACUGUCUAUGCCAAUACAGAUGAUGUGGAGUCUUUGGAUCCUGCUGGGCACUGCUCUCAGUGUGGGUGAGUUGGAGCUUACUUUGUAUUCCCUCUUUUUUAAAGGACAGAAAAGACAGUUUAGAAAUGACAAGAGGAUACAGGGGUGGAGAGGGGAGAAAGCUGGAAUGAAUGACAAUGAUGUAACCCGGUCUCCAGCCGGGAUUUGCAUGUGUGUUGCGAGCAGGGAGUGUCACCACUACACUAAGGCUCUUCCACUGUAUUAGCGCUUUACAUUCCAUUGAAAGGUCAUCUAGAAACAAAAACGUGUGAAAACACAUUUAUGAACAAAUGAAAUCCUGGAGGAGGAUUCGGUUGACAUUUCAAGAUGAAUGGACGGCGUUGUUCAAAAGUAAACUGCUGUGUAGGUAGGGCAUACUACUGCCAGUACUCCUUUACCAUUAUUGUACCUGUAACAGCUCAUGCACCAUAUCUUCCUACACCAUCAACUGCAUUAGUCAACAGCAGAAACCUAGGGCCCAUCCCUAAUGGCACCCUAUUCCCCAUAUAGGGCGCUACAUUUGACCAGGGCCCAUAGUGCACUUUAUAGUGAAGAUAAGAUGCCAUUUGGGACAGCAGAUGUCAAGGACUUAUAAAAGUUGUUAAAAGGGUUUCAAUCUACAUUAUCCACUGCUUCAGAUAAUGUGGAAUGAAAUGUGUUAAUCCUCUCUCUCUCACUCACUCACUCAGAUGGCUACGUGGUGCCCGACCUGCACAAGCGUCUGUCUCACGGGCGACAGCUGAAGAUCGACCUCCCAAAGAGUGCUGAGAAGCUGGAGUUCACCCCCGCUGCAGAGCCCCUGAAGACCUACCUGUACUGGGACCGUGGCGUCCGGACCACCAAGGGAAAGGUGUCUGGGACAGGAACCGACAGGAGCUGGUAUCUGGACAAAGUGAGUGACUGUCUCUUUAAUUGUCCAAGUCAAAUUUCCCCUCAGGGAUAAUAAAGUAUAUCAAAUCAUAUCAUACCACCAGAUGUCAUCGAGGGGGGAUUUGACAAAGAACACUACUUGGUUUUGACCGUUACUAUUAAUAUUACUUAACACCCGUCCCGUCCCACCGAUGCACCUACCAUCCUCUCUUUCAUUUAAUUGUAUUUUUUUUGUGUGAAGAGAUUUUAAAGCUUGAUUUGAUUUGAUCGUCCCUGUUAAGUGUUUGAGCUUUGCUCCCUGAAGGUGACUUACGAGGACCAGGGGACCUAUGUCCAGAGAGACUACUGGAACAAGGAGAUCUCCUCGCUCAAAGUGGCCGUGACCAGUGAGUGCUUUGCAUGUUAUUUAAAGGCAUAGUUCGGGAUUUUGAUGAACUCGUGCAUACCAACUCGUGCAUACCAUUUUUAUGUCUCUGCGUUCAGUUUGAAGGAAGUUGCUAACUAGUGCUAGAGCAAUUGCUCACUAGUGUUAGCGCAAUGACUGGAAGUCUAUAGGAACAGCUAGUAUGCGCUAGCGCUAGUAAGCAUUGGUUCGCAAAACUAACUCUAACUUCCUUCAUACUGGACGGAGAGACAUCCAUGGUAUCCAUGAGUUCAUCUGACUCUGGGGCUACGGCUAUCUCUUUAAUUAUUGUCCUUUGUUGUUGUUGGUUAGUGGACAGAUCAUUUUGUCUUUUGGCCUUUUUGUCUCUCUCACUCUUGCUCGCUCCUUCCUUCUCUCUCUUUCCACCUAUUCUCUCUCACCCACCCACCCCCCUCCCUCUCACCCCUUCAGGUACCCCCUCCCCCUCUCUUUCUCUCACUCUUUCCCUCUAAUACAACAUUUCACUUCCCCCCCCCCCCCCAGCCAGGCGUGAGUACAUGAAGUGUGUGGCGGGCGAGGAUCUCCACAUCUUAUUGGAGGGCAUCAACCAGGCCGAUGCCACGCUCUCCUUCUCAGGCGCAGACGCCAACGUCACCCUGGUGCAUGAUGGGGCAGUGGUGGCCCAGGACCUCCCGGACUACUGGAACCGGGUCAAGACCUUUUCCACAAAGAUCAGCAUCCAGAACGUCAACACCUCGGACGUGGGCUACUACACGCUGAAGGACACGAGAGACAGGGUGGUCUCCAUCGUCAGGAUGGAACUCACAGGUGUGUGUGGGGGGUUGGGGGGUGAGUUGUGUCUGUGUGUAAUUUAGUUUAACCGUUUAGCUUUGCCACCCUCACAGGUUUUGGUUUCGCUGUGUUUCCAUACGUUGUUAGUUAGCUCUGAAGUGUCACUCACUUCUGCUGAAUCCCGGAUUGAAAAACAGGGAUUAGUUCAAAUUAAAUCAAAGUUACGCAAAUGUCUCACAUCACAUCGCCCACGUGUCAGGAUACCACUUUGUUCAAAAGCGUGUGCACUGCACAGAUGCUACUGGCUAUCCGAGGGUUUGAUGCUUUCCCCUUUAACGAUUUUCACCCAUUACUUGUGGGGUCUGCUUUGCUGUGCUCAAGUUUAGUUUUCACUAGAAUGUUCAGCUGUGGUUGUCUACUGCUAGGUUUUUAGUCUAAACUGUCAUACUCACUUCUGCUGAAUCACUCAUUCCCAUGUGUGUGUUGGGAGGGAUACCACUUCACUCCAAACCUUGGUCUGCACAGAUGCUGUCUGCAUCCCAAAUCAUAAUAACAAAAUGGAAUAUUAUUUGUCACAUGCUUCGCAAGCAACAGGUGUAGACUAGUGAAAUGCUUAAUUACGGGCCCUUCCCAACAACGCAGAGGGAAAAAUAGAAAGAAAGUAAUUAAUAAUAACACAAGGAAUAAAUACACAAUGAGUACCGAUAACUUGGCUAUAUACACAGGGUACCAGUACCCAGUCGAUGUGCAGGAGUACGAGGUCAUUGAGGUGGAUAUGUACAUAUACAGUUGAAGUCGGAAGUUUACAUACACAGUUUUUUAACCACUCCACAAAUAUAUUGUUAACAAACUAUAGUUUUGGCAAGUCAGUUAGGACAUCUACUUUGUGAAUGACAAGUAAUUCUUCCAACAAUUGUUUACAGACAGAUUAUUUCACUUAUAAUUCCCGUGUAGCUCAGUUGGUGGAGCAUGGCGCUUGCAACGCCAGGGUUGUGGGUUUGAUUCCCACGGGGGGCCAGUAUGAAAAAUGUAUGCACUCACUGGAUAAGAGCGUCUGCUAAAUGACUAAAAUGUAAAUGUAAUUCACUGUAUCACAAUUCCAGUGGGUCAGAAGUUUACAUACACUAAGUUGACUGUGCCUUUAAACAGCUUGGAAAAUUCCAGAAAAUUGUCAUGGCUUUAGAAGCUUCUGAUUUACUCAAAUUAUGUGAAAUUAGCCUAUUGGAGGUGUACCUGUGGAUGUAUUUCAAGGCAUACCUUCAAACUCAGUGCCUCUUUGCUUGACAUCAUGGGAAAAUCAAAAUAAAUUUUCCCAUGACAAACAAUAGUAUGCAAGUAUAAACACAAUGGGACCACGCAGCCGUCAUACCGCUCAGGAAGGAGACACGUUCUGUCUCCUAGAGAUGAACGUACUUUGGUGCGAAAAGUGCAAAUCAAUCCCAGAACAGCAGCAAAGGACCUUGUGAGGAUGCUGGAGGAAACAGGUACAAAGUAUCUAUAUCCACAGAAAAACAAGUCAUAUAUCAAAAUAACCUGAAAGGCCGCUCAGCAAGGAAGAAGCCACUGCUCCAAAACCGGCAUAAAAAAGCCAGACUACGGUUUGCAACUGCACAUGGGGACAAAGAUUGUACUUUUUGGAGAAAUGUCCUCUGGUCUGAUGAAACAAAAAUAGAACUGUUUGGCCAUAAUUACCAUUGUUAUGUUUGGAGGAGAAAGGGGGUGCUUGCAAGCCGAAGAACACCAUCCCAACCGUGAAGCAUGGGGGUGGCAGCAUUAUGCUGUGGGGUGAUUUGCUGCAGGAGGGACUGGUGCACUUCACAAAAUAGAUGGCAUCAUGAGGAAGGAAAAUUAUGUGGAUAUAUUGAAGCAACAUCUCAAGACAUCAGUCAGGAAGUUAAAGCUUCGUCACAAAUGGGUCUUCCAAAUGGACAAUGACCCCAAGCAUACUUCCAAAGUUGUGGCAAAAUGGCUGAAGGACAACAAAGUAAAUGUAUUGGAGUGGCCAUCACAAAGCCCUGACCUCAAUCCUAUAGAAAAUGUGUGGGCAGAACUGAAAAAGCGUGUGCGAGCAAGGAGGCCUACAAACCUGACUCAGUUACACCAGCUCUGUCAGGAGGAAUGGGCCAAAAUUCACCCAACUUAUUGUGUGAAGCUUGUGGAAGGCUACCUGAAACGUUUGACCCAAGUUAAACAAAUUUAAGGCAAUGCUACCAAAUACUAAUUGAGUGUAUGUAAACUUCUGACCCACUGGGAAUGUGAUGAAAGAAAUAAAAGCUUAAAUAAAUUAUUCUCUCUACUAUUAUUCUGACAUUUCACAUUCUUACAAUAAAGUGGGGAUCCUAACUGACCUAAGACAGGGAAUAUUUACUAGGAUUAAAUGUCAGGAAUUGUGAAAAACUGAGUUUAAAACGUAUUUGGCUAAGGUGUAUGUAAACUUCCGACUUCAACUGUAGGUAGGGAUAAAGUGACUAGGCAACAGGAUAGAUCAUUAACAGUAGCCGCAGCGUAUGUGAUAAGCACCCUAUGGCACCCUAUUUAGUACACUGGGCUCUGGUCAAAACUUGUCCACAAAUACGCAAGUAUGCUUAGUACAUAGUAGUAACACAUUGUAAGUAGUAACACAAGUCAGAGAGAUACAAAUUGGUGCUGCAUAGAGACAAGUGGUGUUGGCUGCAUAGAGACAAGUGGUGUUGGCUGCAUAAAGACAAGUGGUGUUGGCUGCAUAGAGACAAGUGGUGUUGGCUGCAUAGAGACAAGUGGUGUUGGCUGCAUAGAGACAAGUGGUGUUGGCUGCAUAGAGACAAGUGGUGUUGGCUGCAUAGAGACAAGUGGAGUUGGCUGCAUAGAGACAAGUAGUGUUGGCUGCAUAGAGACAAGUGGAGUUGGCUGCAUAGAGACAAGUGGUGUUGGCUGCAUAGAGACAAGUGGUGUUGGCUGCAUAGAGACAAGUGGUGUUGGCUUCAUAGAGACAAGUGGAGUUGGCUGCAUAGAGACAAGUAGUGUUGGCUGCAUAGAGACAAGUGGAGUUGGCUGCAUAGAGACAAGUGGUGUUGGCUGCAUAGAGACAAGUGGAGUUGGCUGUAUUCUAUGACUUCUGUUAGGUCAUGUUGAAGUGUAAGUACGUACCGGAAAUAGGCACUGCAUCAGGAUCCCUUCCCAACGGUCUGGUUUACUGGCAUUUCGUCCCAAAUGGCACUCUAUUCUCUAUAUAGUGCACUACUUUUGACCAGGACCUAUAAGGGAAUAGGGUGCUAUUUGGGACACACAUUGUUUGGCUCGCGGCUCAUAUGUCUCAAUCUGUUACUAAUUAGUUGGUUAUUUGUAGGACUACAGGGCCGCUCAGUAAGCUAUGGGGUAGUGGGGAGGAGGGGGUGGGGUGAGAGGGAUAUAAAUACAACCUGCAUAGAGUGAAACACAUGUCAUCUGUCAAUCACUCCCUCCUGUUCCCCUGGCUUUGCAAUGUCUCCCAAAUUAACUCCCUUGUCUCUCUCCUUCUUCCUCGCCCCCCCCCCCCCCCCUUCUCCCCCCUCCUCCUCCCCCUUACCUCCCUCUCUGUCUCCUCCCCCCUCCUCCCCCUAUCCCCCUCCAGACAAACAUGAGUAUGAAGCAGGCAACCCCCUUAUGGCCCUCCUCCUCCUGCUUGGUAUCCCUGCCAGUAUCUGCUGCUGUUACCGGAAGAAGAUCUUCAAAAAGAAAGCCCCCCCCACCACCGCCAUCCAAGUGGACAACCCCGAGACUCUGCACCCCCCUCCCGGCUACAACAUGCCCGGAGGUGGACCUGGUGUCCCGGUGAGGGAUAGUUAGAUGGUGGCUUGGCAACGACCUAAAUGGCACCCUGUUCUCCCUAUUUAGCGCACUGCUUCUCACAAUAGGUCUCUGGUCAAAACUAGUGGACUAGGGAAUAUGGUGCCCUUUGGGACAAAUCCCUUGUAGAAGUGGCCCUUAGGUUCCUCCCUCUUAUCCUAUGCUGUACUACUAUCAUAA